UUAUAUCACACAUACCAUACGGAGAUGUUACAAAUUUUUGUGUCAAUAUUUACGAGAAAAAUACUAGCCCCUUAUCUUAUCAAUACUGAUUCACCUAAUCUGCGCUAGUGUCCCGUUUAAUUUUACAAGUCUAUUUCACUACACUUUAACAGGUGUGAUGUAUUGUUUUGCCAUUAGUCUUCAGAGAAAAAUGAAAGUGCUAGAAAUUUUUAUAGCGUUUAUAUUUUUUAUAAAUGCGAGUUUAUGUCAAGAAAAUGCGGGUACAAAUCUAGCACCGGCGUUACAGGGGUGUUACAAUACCACACAGUUUGUCAUAAGGGACUACAGGUUACCAUCAGACAUCAAUGUUCUGAUCGACAUUAUUCGAAGAAUCGAAGAUGGAAACGCAUUUAGUGAUGCCAGAGAACUUUCUUACCAAAUUCUUCACAGAUUUCGCCAGGACGGCAUCCGAAGAACCACGAAGGAUCUAGACAUCACUCAGGGAAUCCCCUUCAGCCCUAAAGGAAAAGAGUCCUACAAAAACCGAGUCCAGUUGAAAAAAGUAACACCCGGGAACGCAGUCUCUUUCAAUAACGACAGCUUAACGUCGAUGCAAGCCUGUUCGCUUCAUUUUAUGAUUUCGAGUACUAUUGACUUGCACGAAUUAGCCGACGAUUCUAUGUGCAAUAAAGUAGCACAUUACACAUCCAGAGUCCAAAAACGAGAAACUGAAUUUGCUGAAACGGAACCAUCGGCUAAAAAUCGGUGCCCGGUUGAAAGCGGUGUAAUUUACACGAAAUGGGGUGAAAUCAAAGCUGGGAUUGUGUUAGCCGGAAUUGCGGCCGGUUUUCAACCAAAUUCAGUGCCAGUAUCCAAUGGACAAGGUUCUGUCGAUUCGGCUUAUGCUAGCACAAUUGCAGGGGAACUGUCGGAAGUUGCCUUGUACGAAACAGGGAAACCAAGAAUUGUCGGAAAUAAAGGCAGCUGGAACACCACCGUUGAUCAGAAAUACUACUUUUUGACAAAUUCGGAUAAAGAUCAUUUGUACCUCACCGAUGCCGAAAUUCGUGGUGGUCUCGAUGGUUUGUUUCUGGCUCUUAACAUCGAAAGCUGGAACUCGAAGUCGAGUAAUCUAAAAAUUUCACAAAUUUUGGAUCUUUAUUAUGGUAGAGGCGUUUUUAAUGAUACAGCAAGGGCGUGUAAUCGUAAAAAGUUAACACAAGAUUUAAUAGCAAGUGAGAAACUUGUACAACAAACUUCCUCAUUCAAUUACUUACUAGAUCAAGAAUCACAGUAUGAUUACACACCUAUCAAAACAAGUUUUCCCAUGUUCGCCCAAGAUGCUGUCGAGAGCUUGAGAAAUUAUUUAGGGAGCAAUUUGAAUGAUGUACAAUGUUCGGCUGAAAACGACGUAAUUGAGCGAGUGUCUACACAUUUACUAAUUUUUGUUGACAUAAACUGGGCUUAUGAGACAAUUCAGCCGAUUAUUUCCUACAUAUUAAAAAAUAUCGAUGUUAAUAAAUACGAAACUUCUUAUACAAUUCUUGACGGCCAAAGCUGUAACCCAAUUGUCAAUAGAUCAACCAGUAUUUUAGAUUUUUAUGACCAAUAUAACCUCACCCAACACCAAAAAUAUGCGGCAGGGUUUGACUAUAUGAAAGUUAUACAAACGGCGGAAGUAACAUUUAAAGCAAAAUUAGACAAUGCCACUGAUUUGACUGGACAAUCAAUGAUUAUUUUAAUGUUACCACAUAAGGUACCAACUUCAAGCGAGAGCGAUUAUGUUAAAACUGAAAAAGAGAGUUUUAAGAGUGUUUUGCCAGAUCUUAGAAUUAUUGUUGGUGGAUCUGGAAGUGCAUCAUCGUACUCUAACAUUGCCACAAAUUCUAACAGUGAUGUAUUUACAAUUUCUGAAAACCGUGAUGAGACUCUGCAAAAAGCUAAAGACAUCGUUAACAGAUUAAGAAAAAUACCACGAAGUGUUGUCAACCCCGCCUGUGGCUCCUCUUUCGAAACUGAAGAAAGCAGCAACUUUGAAAUAACUCAAUAUGUUGAUCCCAAUGGAGUGAAUUAUCAUAAAAUUUCGCCGAAUUACUUCUACGAAGGGCAAACUUUGAAGAUUCGAGGACAAGGUACUGGCACUAUCGCCGUGUGUAUAUCAAGAACUGAUGCCAAUCCGAGAGCAAAUGCACAUGGAGCAAAUUGUACUAACAUCGAAUCCGAUGAACUGUCCCGAGAUAUUAGUACUUUUUGCACCGAUGAGUCCGUAAGCGACUGCUCACCGAUUUAUAUUUCUGUCCAAGGAAUGACAUCAAAUGUUCGUUGCACAGACAAAUCUUGCCGAUUCCCCGACAAUAUCAAAUAUACAAUAGCUCUAGAGAAUGUCAAGUGCUCAAGCUGUGGUAAAUUGCUUAUAAAUAAUUUGAUUAUUUUUCUCAUGUUUAUAGUAUAUUGCUUCACUUCUAAAUAUCUAAAUUAGUUACUAAGUGCUUCUAAUAAUAAUAAAUAUACAUGACCUGACGUAAUUUACACAAAUACAUUUGAAUAAGAUUCCAAAAGGAUAAACUAUUAGGUGGCAAGUUUGGUUAUCUAUUGCCACUAUUAUAAGUAGUAUAAUAUGUAUAACUAAAAUUAAAUCUAAGCUAUAAUGUUAAGUCCAAUUUUUAAUUUUUUAUUUUAACUGUGUCAACUUGUAGACAAUAAAAAUAAUGUGUAAGUUUGUA